AUGGUGCAGUUAUUUUACUACGAGACACGAGGGAAAUGUUGCAAGAAGUUUUUGAACCAUGAAGGGGUUCCGACAAAGAUUCAUUUGUUCCCAUAUGAAGGUUGGGCACAACCAGCAAUGACGUCAUAUUGGUUGCUGAAAACCUAUUGGUGGAGUAGGUCACGUGUAAAAAUUACAGAAGUCACUGGCUCGCAAAGGCAUGAAGUAAAGGGCAAGGUUCAGUGUAUCAAAAAUGGUUCUAUCGUUAUUUCUGGUAAAAUAAAAGACAGAACGAACAGCGAUUACAGAAUGUAUCUCACAUCGAAUGUUGAUAGUGCUGAUUUCCAACUUGGCUAUUGUGUGACAGGAACGCUUGAAAGGGGACGUAAGAAGUCAGAAAAGGGACUUAGUCUGACACAUUAUGCCAUGAUUAAACGAAGAGGGUACUAAAUUUGUAACCCAAAUGGUGUAUGACUAUGUCAGAAUAUUUGCUUGAAUGUUUUAAAUUGGCAUAAUUGUUGAAAUUGGUAAAUGCCAUAUAUGUAACAAUCGAAUGUUACACAUUAUAUAUAUGUAAAUAUUUAUAAGUGUGUUAAUUGUUGAUGGUAAAUGUUAAUACUAUUUGUUAUCAAUAU